UUUUUUUUUUUGUUGAGAUUGACAGUCUAAAAUCUGAAUACUAGGGCUCAUUCCAUCAUGCCAUUCCUGAAGCGAGACAAGGCAUUUAUCUUCUACGUAGCCGAAGGCACAGGCCCUGCAAUUCUCCUGCUACACGGCUGGGCCUGUGACUCGCUGGACUGGCAAUACCAAAUACCAUUCCUGCAUUCUCUCGGCUACCAAACCAUCGCGUUCGAUGCGAGGGGUCAUGGUGCGUCCUCGGUACCGCCCGCCGACGAACCCGAACAGCUUAGAGCAGAAGUUACGGCUGAUGACGCCGUUGCUGUUCUUGAGCACUUAGGAGUGCCCUCUGCGAUCCUCCUCAGCCACUCCGCCGGAGCCUUGGUAGCCUCCAUCAUCGCCGCGCGCAACCCAGCCGUUGCAAAAGCAAAUAUCAUGGUGGAUCCGGAGCACUACCGCGAGCACGACGGGAGAGGCCAAUUCAUCGAGGCUCUCAAGGCGGCUGCGCAGGGAACUAUGAUACGGACGCUCGCGCAAUCGUACUCGGAGAACACGCCGGAGUGGCUGAAGACUUGGCAUCGAUAUCGCAUCUUAAGAACCCCGCCUCAUGUUAUCUACCAGUCGCUGCGCGUAAAGUCUGAACACCCGAACUCGGUUGCCUGCUGGGACUCUGCAAAGGUGUGGAUGAGGGAGCGAAAGGGUCCAAGAUUGGUUGUGUUGAGGGACGAGACGAACUUGGAGAAGGAGAGAAGUCUUGGAUUAGGUGGCAAGGAUUCCAUUGAGAUCUUCUCGGGCGCCGGGCAUUGGAUGCAUGUUCUUGAACCUGAGAGGUUCAAUAACCUCCUGAAGGGAUGGUUGGAAAGUGCUGUGACAAAUGAAUAACCUUGCCUCAGAGAGAAAAGAGAGCCUGUAUACCUGUGUAGAUUUGCUAGUAAUUUUAAUGAAC